AUGUCCUCUACAACUACUGCCGGAGUAAAACGUCGGGCUGCGUGGGACGAGCCGCGCAGGCUGCCCCCGAAAAUGCGAGUCCCUGAGCCUCAAGUCGCCGUCAGCCACUUCGCCACGACUCAACCCGCAUCUCCCCAGCCUGCUCACAUUAUCAUGCCUCCUACUCCCGGCUCAUCACCCUCGCAGCCGGCUGCUUGGGACUUUGAGAGCGCGGGAGACCUGGGUGAUACUCACCUUCGGAGGGCGCUCUCUAAGUGGACACAAGAGGAGGCUGUUGAGCUCCUGAUGUCUCUUGCAAGGAAAGACAUGCGGGCGAGGUUGGCGAUCGAGAACGAGAACCGCAGGAUGACCAAGACUAGGAAGAAAAACGGGAAUAAAGCUCGGGCAUUGGAUUUCGACCAUAUUCUUAAGCGUGUAGAACAAGACCUGUACGAAGAAAAGCCCCGAUCCUGGUGCUAUGAGAGAGCGUUGGAUGAAGCCAUGGACGUCACCGCCCGCAUCGCACUUAUCUUCCGCCGGUUUUCAGAACACCUCUUGAAAGACGACCCCUCAGACGUCAAGUGUGGUGCAAUGGUGACGGUGGCGACAAUUUGGGAUCUCGUGAUAUUUGCCCCGUCCUCCGAGGCACGCAAACAAUGUCUCGCGUCGAGCCUGGAGUGGGAGGGAGCUACGCUGAGCCUUUGGAAGCGGAUGAGCGAACUGGAAAAGAAAUCGUUCGCUUCACAUGCCGGAGUGGUGAAAACGCUUAUCAAGACGGCAAUGGAAUGGGAGAAACAUGGUAAGAGGGAGGACAUGUUCAAGCGCUGGUUACGAAAAAUGAAGAAGGCAUCCGAUGGAACACUGAGUGCUGAAUAUGCGGAAUGGGAUACACGAACACGUCCUUCGAAGCCCCAAAACCAACUGGUCGAAUUCGGACCAAGUUCGCCUCCUCUUGCGAACUUAACCUUGGAGUAG